AUGCCUUCCACAUACAAUAAGGAAAAGGCAUGGGAUACGGAGGAUAUCGAUAAGUGGAAGAUCGACGAGUUCAAGCCCGAGGACAAUGUCGCCGGAAACUUCGCCGAAGAGUCCUCCUUUGUCAUCCUCUUUCCCAAAUACAGAGAGAGCUACUUGAAGGAAGCAUGGCCGACGAUCACAAAGGCCCUGAAGAAGCAGGGCAUCGCCUGCACACUCGAUUUGGUGGAGGGAAGCAUGGCCGUGAAGACGACCCGCAAGACCUACGACCCAGCCUCGAUCCUGAAAGCGCGCGACCUGAUCAAGCUACUCUCGCGUAGCGUCCCCGUCACACAAGCCAUCAAGAUCCUCCAAGACGACAUGGCCUGCGACAUCAUCAAGAUCCGCAACCAAGUGCAGAACAAAGAGCGAUUCGUCAAGCGCCGCCAGCGAAUCCUCGGCCCCAACGGCUCAACCCUCAAAGCCCUCGAACUCCUCACCGCCACCUACAUCAUGGUCCAGGGUAAUACCGUCUCCGUGAUGGGCCCGUUCAAGGGCCUCAAGGAAAUCCGCCGCAUCAUCGACGACUGCAUGGCGAACAUUCACCCCAUCUACCACAUCAAGGAGCUAAUGAUCAAGCGCGAAUUGGCCAAGGACCCGACCCUAGCCAACGAGUCUUGGGACCGAUUCCUGCCCAACUUCAAGAAGCGCACCCUCUCCAAGCGCCGCGUUCCCUUCCAGGUUACCGACAAGUCGAAGAAGGUGUACACGCCUUUCCCGCCCGCGCCCGAGAAGUCCAAGGUCGAUCUCCAGAUCGAGUCUGGCGAGUACUUCCUUUCCAAGGAAGCCAAGGAUCGCGCGCAGAAGGAGGAGGUUGUCGAGCGCCAACGUCUGAAGCGCGACGAGAAGAUGCGCGAGCGCGAGAAGGAUUUUAUUGCGCCCGAGGAGACUCUUCCUGCCGAUGUCGAGGGCAAGAAGAAGGAGAAGAAGGACAAAAAGGAGAAGAAAGAGAAGAAGGAGAAGAAGGAGAAGCGCAAGCGCGAUUCAGAGGAUGCAGACGUGGACGAUGCUGCCGAGCGCAAGGAGAAGAAGAAGAAGAAGAAGAGCAAGUCCAAGGAGGCUGCUUCCGACGAGGAAUAA